AUGGCAAAUGCCUCAUCAACACGCCGACGACCCCCUCGAUCUCAGCCCGAGACCUCGAAGUCUACGGCCACCGCGCCAACAACAACAUCGCCAGAUGAGCUCGAGGACACGACGUCCCGUGUCAUUUCCCCCCUCGAUAUUCUGCGAGUUAUACUCACCUUAAUAUUCGCCUCCUGCCUCCUCUCAUACUAUCUCACUUCCGGGACAUCCCUGAUCUUCAAAUAUGAACCGUGGUUCCUGAAUCCCUCCAAGUUGGCUCACUGGUGGGUGGGACCAGUAAAUCUCACACCAGAGCAACUCGCACUCUACGAUGGCAGUGACCCUGCGAAGCCUAUUUAUCUGGCGAUCAACGGAACCAUCUUUGAUGUUUCCGCCGGAAAGCAUACUUACGGACCGGGUGGGAGUUACGAAGUGUUUGCUGGCAGGGACGCUACCAGAGCCUUUGUGACCGGAUGCUUUCUUGACGACCGGACUGGGGACUUGAGAGGCGCGGAGAUGAUUUACAUUGCUAUCGAAGACGAUCCGGAUGAAGACAUCUCGAGUAGUGCGAGAAAACUGCGUGCGGAAAAAGAAAGACGAGAAGCCAAGAAGAAAGUCUUGGAUGAAGUGAGAAGAUGGGAACAGUUCUACAAGAACCAUAAGAAAUACUUCGAGGUCGGAAAGCUGGUUGGCGUCCCAGAAUACACAGGCGAACCACCGAAGCUCUGCGAGCCAGCAGAGAAGGGGAGGCCAAAGCGCAAGAACAUGAAUUCGAAAAAGGAAAAGAAAAAGGACGCACCUGGAAAGCCUGUACAAUAG